CCAUGACCCCUAACCCUAACCAUAACCCUACUAACCCUAACUCUAACCCAAGCCAACCCAACCAUAUUUGCAAGCAAAAGAAAUAUAGGGACGAGAAAUUAGGGAAGCAUGGAGUGUGUGCGUCAUUCGUAGAGGGAAGAAGAGGAAAGCAAAGGAAGUCGAGUGAAGAAACCAGAGAGAAGAAAGAAUUGAUCGAAGUUAAAGGAAGAAGAUGAGUAUAUGGAACUAUGCCGUCACUGCGCACAAACCCACCAACGUUACGCAUUCAUGUGUCGGCAAUUUCACCAGUCCUCAGGAGCUUAAUCUUAUCAUCGCAAAAUGCACUAGAAUUGAGAUUCACCUGUUAACUCCCCAAGGUCUUCAGCCCAUGCUGGAUGUUCCAAUAUAUGGAAGAAUUGCAACGCUGGAGCUUUUUCGACCUCAUGGUGAAGCGCAAGAUUUUUUGUUUAUUGCUACAGAAAGAUAUAAAUUUUGUGUUCUUCAAUGGGAUCCUGAGUCAUCAGAGCUCGUCACCAGAGCAAUGGGAGAUGUGUCAGAUCGCAUUGGUCGUCCUACUGAUAAUGGACAGAUUGGCAUCAUUGAUCCUGAUUGUAGAUUGAUUGGACUCCAUUUAUACGAUGGCUUAUUCAAGGUUAUUCCAUUUGACAACAAAGGACAGUUGAAAGAAGCCUUUAAUAUCAGGCUUGAGGAGCUUCAAGUGCUUGAUAUAAAGUUUCUUUAUGGCUGUUCGAGACCUACAAUUGUAGUACUUUACCAGGAUAAUAAAGAUGCUCGUCAUAUUAAAACAUAUGAGGUUUCAUUGAAGGACAAAGAUUUCGCGGAGGGGCAAUGGUCCCAACACAAUCUUGAUAAUGGGGCUGAUUUACUUAUUCCAGUUCCUCCUCCACUUUGUGGAGUUAUAAUUGUUGGGGAGGAAACAAUCGUAUAUUGCAGUGCUACUGCAUUUAAAGCAAUCCCCAUUCGACCUUCAAUUACAAGAGCUUAUGGAAGAGUGGAUGCUGAUGGCUCUCGCUAUUUGCUUGGUGAUCACGCUGGACUUCUGCAUCUGCUUGUUAUUACUCAUGAAAAAGAGAAAGUUACUGGAUUGAAAAUUGAGCUUUUGGGAGAGACUUCUAUUGCAUCAACAAUAUCAUAUCUUGACAAUGCUUUUGUUUAUGUUGGCUCAAGCUAUGGAGAUUCACAGCUUAUAAAGUUAAACUUACAACCAGAUGCAAAAGGAUCGUAUGUAGAAGUUUUGGAAAGAUAUGUAAAUUUGGGACCCAUUGUAGACUUUUGUGUUGUUGACCUUGAGAGACAAGGUCAAGGCCAGGUUGUAACUUGUUCUGGAGCAUACAAGGAUGGUUCUCUUCGUAUAGUACGCAAUGGAAUCGGGAUAAAUGAACAGGCAUCAGUGGAGCUUCAAGGUAUCAAGGGCAUGUGGUCAUUGAGGUCUUCAACUGAUGACGUAUAUGAUACCUUCUUGGUAGUUAGUUUCAUCAGUGAGACCAGGAUUUUAGCUAUGAAUCUUGAGGAUGAAUUAGAAGAAACAGAAAUUGAAGGGUUUGACUCACAAGUGCAGACUUUGUUUUGCCAUGAUGCUUUGUACAACCAAUUGGUACAAGUCACAUCAAGUUCUGUUAGGCUGGUCAGUUCUGCAUCUAGGGAGCUACGGAAUGAAUGGAAAGCCCCGACAGGAUAUUCUGUGAAUGUUGCUACUGCUAAUGCUUCCCAGGUUCUACUUGCAACUGGUGGUGGGCAUCUUGUCUAUUUGGAAAUAGGUGAUGGACUUUUGACGGAAGUGAAACAUGCUCAAUUGGAGUACGAAGUAUCUUGCCUUGACAUAAAUCCCAUUGGUGAAAAUGCAAAUUAUAGUCGGUUAGCUGCUGUUGGAAUGUGGACAGAUAUAAGUGUUAGGACAUUUUCGCUUCCGGAUCUUAAUCUAAUUACUAAAGAGAAUCUCGGAGGAGAAAUCAUUCCUCGUUCUGUUCUUCUAUGUUCUUUUGAAGGGAUAUCUUAUUUGUUGUGUGCUCUUGGAGAUGGCCAUUUGUUGAACUUUGCAUUGAACAUGAGUACUGGUGAAUUGACUGACCGGAAGAAGGUGUCUCUGGGUACUCAGCCUAUUACACUCAAGACAUUCUCAUCAAAGAAUACUACUCAUGUUUUUGCUGCCUCUGAUCGGCCUACUGUUAUAUACAGCAGUAAUAAAAAGUUACUUUACAGCAAUGUAAAUCUCAAGGAAGUCAGCCAUAUGUGUCCAUUUAACUCAGCAGCUUUCCCUGACAGCCUUGCAAUUGCAAAAGAAGGUGAACUUACAAUUGGCACCAUUGAUGAUAUUCAAAAACUUCAUAUACGGUCUAUCCCUCUUGGCGAGCAUGCAAGGCGAAUCUGCCACCAGGAACAAACUCGCACUUUUGCCAUUUGUAGUUUGAAAUACAACCAAGCCAGUGCAGAGGAUUCUGAAAUGCAUUUUAUACGCUUGUUGGAUGACCAAACCUUUGAUAUUGUAUCUACCUAUGCCCUUGAUACAUAUGAAUGUGGUUGCUCUAUCCUGAGUUGCUCAUUCUCAGAUGACGGCAAUGUUUACUACUGUGUUGGGACAGCAUAUGUUUUACCAGAAGAAAAUGAGCCAACCAAGGGAAGAAUUUUGGUUUUUGUUGUAGAAGAUGGAAAGCUGCAACUCAUUGCUGAAAAGGAAACUAAAGGUGCCGUGUACUCGCUUAAUGCUUUCAAUGGCAAGCUGCUUGCUGCCAUCAAUCAGAAAAUUCAGCUCUAUAAAUGGAUGCUUCGGGACGAUGGUACUCAUGAAUUACAGUCUGAGUGUGGGCAUCAUGGGCACAUUCUUGCCUUGUAUGUGCAGACUCGUGGAGAUUUUAUUGUUGUUGGGGAUCUGAUGAAAUCGAUUUCUCUGCUAAUAUAUAAGCAUGAAGAAGGUGCGAUUGAGGAGCGUGCCCGGGACUACAAUGCUAAUUGGAUGUCAGCUGUAGAGAUUCUUGAUGAUGAUGUGUAUCUGGGUGCAGAAAACAAUUUCAAUCUGUUUACAGUGAGGAAAAACAGCGAAGGUGCCACUGAUGAGGAGCGCGCACGCCUUGAAGUGGUCGGGGAAUACCACCUUGGAGAAUUCAUUAAUCGCUUCCGUCAUGGUUCUCUAGUCAUGAGAUUGCCAGAUUCCGAAAUCGGUCAAAUACCAACUGUGAUAUUUGGAACUGUAAACGGUGUUAUAGGUGUCAUCGCAUCCCUUCCACAUGACCAGUACAUCUUCCUGGAGAAGCUGCAAUCAAAUUUGAGGAAGGUUAUAAAGGGUGUAGGAGGAUUGAGUCACGAACACUGGCGGUCGUUUUACAAUGAGAAGAAGACGGUUGAUGCCAGAAAUUUCCUCGAUGGAGAUCUGAUUGAAUCUUUUCUUGAUCUCAGUCGUACUCGUAUGGAUGAAAUCUCAAAAUCAAUGGGUGUUUCUGUAGAGGAGCUUAGCAAGAGAGUUGAGGAAUUGACCCGAUUGCACUAACGGAGUUGAUCGAAAAAGCCUUGCAUUUUCUCCGAUCUUUACCGUCUCAUGUAAAGAUCCUUUUAUUCCUCCCUCUCAUAAGUUUUGUUCAGUUUUUGUACACUGUCAGUUUACAUUGGGGUUUAAAACUCUGCAAUUCCGGGAUGCUAGUCGUUGCCUGCGUCAAUCCGGUAAUGUACGUUCAACAAUUCAAUGUUCGAUAAUAUUUACUCUUCCAAA